AUGGCAUACCCUCCGUCGGCAGCUCAGAGACCCCCGCCUAUGAGGCAGUACACUAAUUCUCCGGCCCCUGCCUCGGCCCCUGGUGGCUAUGCGCCUGAUGCCAUGUACAACUCACCAGGCGGAUAUGCUCCUUCAGACUCCGGAUAUUCGGAUUCAGCAUACGACAACUCAUCAUAUGGUAUUCCACCGGGCCCUCCUGCCUCUGCACCACCCAGGGGACAGCCGCGCCCAAUGCGCCCACCAGGCGGACCUCCAGGGCCAGGCUCAAACCGGCCUCCUCCAGGAUAUGACAGUCGACGUGGUCACCCUCGUGAUAGACCACCAUCGGAGAAGCGAUCUAGGACUCCGGGAGGCCGUCCUCGACAAGGCGAAAGUUUCGACAGCCCAUUCCCUGCAGUCCCACCAGGCAGAGACCCCAGAGAUCCCCGAGACCCAAGAGACCCAAGAGACCCCCGAAACCGCCGCCCUCCGCCUGGAGGCCUAGAAAGAGACAUGGCCGCGAUGGAUAUCAAUGGACGACCACCACCCCGGCCACAUACAUCGAAUGGACGAAGACCAGAUAUGCGCGCACCUCCACCACGUGGACCACCUCCUGGUCGAGGCAGGGGAGGCUAUUACCCAGGUCAACCAGGUCCACCAGGUCCACCACGGGCAGGACGGCCACCUAUGGGACCAGGGCCCUCGCGAAGCGCAACAAUGCCACUACGAGAACCUCCGCAUGGUGCACCCUAUGACGAAUAUGGUGCUCAAGGUGGUCCAAUGGGCGACAUACCUCCUCCACGUCCCAACACUGCCGGUGGUAUGCGACCUCCGCGCGGACGAUUUGUUAAUGAUAUGGAUCCGGCCCGAAUGCUACCGCCCCCUGAUCCUCCCAACCGUGUUUCAUACGCGCCCAAAGAAUUCUUGGAUAGCUACUACUACGACAGCAGCCACGAAGAUGAGCCUGAAAUGCCUAAUUUCGAUGCCAUUCCUCUUCCUCAUAAGAAUGGACCGAUAGAUGAGAUGGCUUUGGAGACACCAAAGCCAAAUCUACAAACUCCUGUUUCGCCAGCCUCCACUGCUAAUGGCCAGUAUGCCCCUUAUAGUCCCGAUGGAGGUUUGUCAGCUCCUCGACAGGGCACUGCGCCGAAUCAAUUUGAAAAUGCCGGGUUCAAUUUCGACAUUGGUGGGGGCGACACCUCUCCAGCAGCUUCUGGAUAUGCGCCUUCGCCAGGCAGCUUUGAACAAUCUGGUGGAUAUUUCCCUCAUAAUCCAGCUUAUUCCGGUCCUCCUGGUCCUCCUGGUCCUCCCAUGCAAGCUGGAUACUCAUAUGAGCAACAUCAAGCACCUGACGCUCAACAAAGUCCCGAUGCCUUGCCUUCUCCCCCGCCACCCUUCCGACCAGGCCACGAUCAAGCAGCGAAACCCGCUCCCAUCAGAAAUUACAAUAACUCUCCGGCUCCUUCUCAAGCACCCGCUGCUCCCUUACCGGCGACUCCGGAAGGCCAUACGCCUGUUACAGCACAAGAACUAGAGAGACUGCAACAAAAAGCACGAGGCAAUCCCGCUGAUCAGGCAACGUCACUCCUCCUAGCCAAGAAACUGGUAGAAGCCGCAACUGUUCUUGCGGCCGAAAAUACUCGUCUUGACCCUAAAACCAAAGUCAAAGCACAGGAGAAGUAUCAUCAGGAUGCGCACAAGAUUUUGAAGAAACUGGCUCAGAGUGGUUACCCAGAUGCACAAUUCUUCCUAGCUGACUGCUACGGAGAAGGUCAACUCGGAUUAGAAGCUGAUCCCAAGGAAGCAUUUAACCUUUAUCAUUCAGCCGCAAAGGCAGGCCAUGCCCAAUCCGCCUAUCGCGUGGCUGUUUGCAGCGAAAUCGGACAGGAGGAAGGUGGUGGAACCAAGCGAGACCCGCUAAAAGCCGUUCAAUGGUACAAGCGUGCCGCGGCUCUGGGUGAUACGCCUGCGAUGUAUAAAAUGGGUAUGAUUAGUCUGAAGGGCUUGCUGGGACAACCCCGAAGUCCUCGUGAGGGUGUUUCAUGGCUGAAGCGCGCCGCUGAGCGUGCCGAUGAAGAGAACCCUCACGCUCUCCAUGAGCUUGCUCUCAUGUAUCAAACUGCCUCUGGUAAUGAUUCCAUCGUCCGCGAUGAGGCAUAUGCUAGCCAGCUCUUCCAUCAAGCCGCCGAGCUGGGUUACAAGUUCUCACAGUUCCGUCUUGGUUCAGCCUAUGAAUAUGGCUUAAUGGGAUGUCCUGUCGACAACCGCAUGAGUAUUAUCUGGUAUACUCGUGCUGCUGCCCAGGGUGAGCAUCAAAGUGAACUCGCGCUUAGUGGUUGGUACUUGACUGGAACAGAAGGUGUCCUGCAACAAAGCGACACUGAGGCAUACCUUUGGGCCCGAAAAGCGGCCGUGGCUGGUCUUGCAAAGGCCGAGUACGCAAUGGGAUACUUCACCGAAGUUGGAAUCGGUGCUGCUUCGAAUCUCGAUGAUGCUAAACGAUGGUACUGGCGUGCAGCUGCACAAGGAUUCCCCAAGGCCAGAGAACGUCUUGAAGAACUCAAGAAAGGCGGAGGUCGGAUGCAAAAGACCCGUCUCUCUCGUUCAGCUGUCAACAAACAAAGUGACGGUGAUUGUGUGUUGAUGUAA